AAUAGCAAGGCUACCGCUACUGAAUUCUAUUUUUAGAGCGACCAAAUGUUUUCCUAGACACACCUGACCUCGGACCACCACUGCCAAAACCGUUGGCUCUUUGGUUAGACCCUACGAGCCAUGAUUCCACUGGUUGACUUGACGCUGUAUAAUUUGUCGGUUUCGGAAGAACAAGUAGAUACGGCAACUCUACGAGAACUAGCGGACCAGAUAUGUCAUGCCUUUCAGGACGUUGGAUUUGUCUAUUUGAAAAACCAUGGAAUAUCUGAAAAAUUGAUAAAUGACGCGUUUUCUACCUCCAAAGCGUUUUUUGACCAACCAGUGGAAAUGAAACAAAAAUAUUCCCUGCCUCGUGGUACGUUUCAUGGAUGGAUCGCAUUUGAGGAGGAAAAAGUGAACCACGACAGACCAGUAUUCGAUGCUCGCGAAGGAUUCGCCAUGCUAGUCUGCAAUGAUAGCACGUCGCCUAAAAACAUGCCGCCGCAAAUUGAUUCAACGUUCACGGAAAUAUACAGAACGUGUUCAAAAUUAGCUUUAAGAAUCCUGGAUCUCCUCUCUAUUGGCCUCGACAAGGAUCGGGAUUUUCUAAGACAAUUUCACAAAGGAAUGUGUUUCGGCAAUAACACGAUGUUUCGCUCAAAUUUCUAUCCACCCCUGGCAGAAACAAAGGAAGGGCAGGCGAGAUGUGGAGAGCACUCCGACUACGGUACUGUGACGUUUCUCUUCCAGGACGACGUCCCGGGGUUGGAGGCAAAAGGACCCAACGGUGAAUAUGUUCCAGUAUCUCCUGUUGAUCAUACAAUUGUCAUGAAUCUGGGCGAUAUGAUGCAGAGGUGGAGUGCCGAUAGACUGAAAGCCACGAAACACAGAGUUGUGGUGCCACAAGAUGAAGGCGACAGACAGCGAUUGAGGCAGUCCCUGUCGUUUUUUGUUGUGCCUGAUGAUGACGCAAGCAUCGCCUGCAUCGACGGAUCCAACAAAUAUCCUACAAUUAGAUGCAUAGACUAUGUAAAGGGAAAUUUUGAUGCCAACUUUUGAUGGAUUCGCAUGAAAUGGAACCUAUUAUAAUACUAUACUAUUAUAGAUAGUAAUGUAAUAGUUAAAUGUAUGCAUUUCAUUCUAUGGCCUUUGAUUCUGUGUUUAAGGAGGUAUACUACAUCGGUCCUUUCAAAACAUGAAUGAAAAUAUAGAUGUCAGCAUGCAAUAUUUGCGUUUUCCCUUUAGAUUUAAUUGCCUAGCUGAGUAGUUCAGUAGGUUAGCGUGUCGACUGCAAAUCUGUAUAUAGUAACUUUGAGUCCAUCAGGGUUUUCAAUUUUUUCAGAUUACUUUCUACUAAAACUGCAUUUUUUAAAACUAUAUAAAGUACAUUUGAACGCAUUGAAUUUGAUGACAGUGUUGUACAUAACUUUCACUUUUUCAUCCAUAUGAUUUCUCUGGUGUAGUAUUCCUCCUUAAGAUGGUUUAAUUUGAUGACAGUGUUGUAAAUAACUUUCACUUUUCAUCCAUAUAAUUUCACUGGUGUAGUAUCCCUCCUUAAGAUGGUUUAAUCUGUCAGCAACUGUAUCAUGUAUCACCACCUUAUUUGUUUAUUCUUUGUUGAUCAACUACUACACAUUUUGCAUACAUCUGUGUAAUAUAUGCAAAGUGAAUUACAUGUCUAGGACUACCAAUCAUAUUCUGACUGUAUCGACAAUAGUACGAUAGCUACUAGCUGACCUUAUAUCACCCGGAUGGACGACACAACUUGACCUCUACGUCGAUCCAUCAGCUGCCAGUGCCAGGAGAAAAUAAUAUCUGGGUUCCCUCUACAUGUAAAGUCAAGAACAUUGUGAAACUGCUUCUCCUUAGGAAAAUGCAAAACAUCUACUAAUUUCGUAUACAUGUAUUUGUAGAAGCCAGCAUUGUGCUAAAUCUAUGGUCGUUAUUACGAUCUUGUUUGCCAAUACAACCUAUCAUUGGGUCAAAUGCUGUCUGGCUUGUUUCAUACCAAUUGUUAGUCCGUUCAUGGCACACCGAUUUUGACUACAGAUAUCUCCGUUUACCUGAUCAAGAUGUAGGUUCACGGCGGGUGUGGCCGGUUGACAGGGGAUGUUUACUCCUCCUAGGCAUAUGAUCCCAUCUCUGGUAUGUCCAGGGGUCCGUGUUUGUCCUACUCUUAGUUAGUAGUACUUAAAUGCAUUAGCCUACAUCCUUGUUAUUAUCCAUAAGACUCAAAUUUUUCGCACAUAAAUGAGGCAGCAUACA